AGCAGUCGGGCAGGCUCGGUGGCGCUCGGCUCCCUGGUCCCCCCCCCUUCCCGCAGGACCCCCCUCAGGCGCGCCCGAGGGGAGGCGGGGCGGGCUCGGCCACCCCCGGCCCCGCGCAUGGAGCACAGCGACGGCGACCCGGCCGCCGGACAGCUUGACUUGCCCGCGGGACCGGGGCGGCAGCAGGAGCCGCCGCAGGCAGCGGAGGGGGAGGCGGAGCCCGAGGAGGAGGCGGUAACGGUGAUGGCAGCAGACGGCGAGCACAUCGAGAUGGGAGCACCGUCAAUGCCAAGCGCCGACGAGGCCGCCGCCGCCGCUGCCUUCGCAGAAGUCACCACGGUGACAGUAGCCAACGUGGGGGCCUCUGCAGACAAUGUUUUCACUACAUCUGUGGCCAAUGCAGCUUCAAUUUCAGGACAUGUGUUGUCUGGGAGAACAGCCCUCCAAAUUGGGGACAGCUUGAACCCUGAGAAAGCCACUCUGAUAGUGGUGCACACAGAUGGCAGCAUCGUCGAAACCACCGGGAUCAAGGGGCCCUCAGCACCUCUCACACCAGGACCACAGUCUCCUCCUACCCCUUUGGCGGCUGUCCAGGGAAAAAGUGGAACCAAGUACAACUGGGACCCGUCAGUGUACGAGAACGAGCUCCCGGUGCGGUGCCGGAAUAUCAGUGGCAUUCUGUACAAGAACAGGCUGGGCUCAGGAGGCCGUGGCAGGUGCAUUAAGCAAGGGGACAACUGGUACAGCCCCACGGAGUUCGAAGCCAUGGCGGGGCGAGCCAGCAGCAAGGACUGGAAGAGGAGCAUCCGCUACGCCGGGCGGCCCCUGCAGUGCCUUAUCCAUGAUGGGAUUUUAAAUCCCCAUGCUGCCUCGUGUACUUGUGCCGCUUGCUGUGACGACAUGACACUGAGUGGCCCUAUACGACUCUUUGUGCCAUAUAAAAGGCGGAAAAAAGAAAAUGAAAUACCUGCAACUCCAGUGAAGAAGAAUUGCUCCAAAAAUAUCACUCUGCUUCCAGCCGCUGCUGCAACUACAUUCACCAUGACUCCGUCUGGACAGAUCACAACCUCCGGGGCGCUGACCUUUGACCGGGCAUCCACCGUGGAGGCCACAGCCAUCAUCUCAGAGAGCCCAGCGCAGGGGGAUGUUUUCACUGGAGCCACUGUUCAGGACACCAAUGUUCAGCAGCCUUGCCGGGUGUCUCAUCCAGAGCCUCACUAUCCCAGUUACCAGGACAACUGCCAGAUAUCGCCUUUCCCUGAAGCUGCACUGCCAACAUCUCAUCCCAAAAUCGUGUUGACCUCUCUGCCUGCCCUGGCAGUGCCCCCCGCGACGCCCACCAAAGCCAUGUCGCCAUCAGUGGUGAACGGGCUGGAGGUGACGGAGCAGCGGAGCUGGCUCUACCUGGAGGAGAUGGUCAAUUCCCUGCUCAGCACAGCGCAGCAGCUGAAGACUCUGAUUGAGCAAGCCAAGCAGGCCAGCUCCUCCUUCCGCGAGGCUGCUGUCACACAGGCCAAGAUCCAGGCUGAUGUGGAGAGGAAAGAGCAAUACCAGAGCCAGUUAUUCCAACAAACAGAGGAUGUGGAUGGGAAGACAGAAAUCAUCAUCAAGCAAUCCUGUGUCAACUGCGGACGGGAGGCCACCAAUGAGUGCACAGGAUGCCACAAAGUCAACUACUGCUCCACGUUCUGCCAGCGGAAGGACUGGAAGGACCACCAGCACAUCUGUGGCCAGUCAGCCACGGUGACGGUGCAAGGGGGUGAGGUGCAUGUCCCGGAUAAUGUCAUGGAGAAGGUCACCGUGUGAGCGCUCUACCUCCGCAGCCGUUCAUGGACACGUGGGGCCAGCUGGAUCAGUGACCGAUGGGAAUGGUCUGUCCUGUGCCAACAGCACUCUUCUCGCUAGCAGACUCAUUUUUCAUUGAUUUUUUGAUACACUUGUCUAUUCCCGAUCCCCUUCCAAAGCUUUGGAUAAUACAGACUGUGAAAACCUUAUCUGGAAUCUUCUCCCUUCUGUCCCAGCCCCAGCUGGCUUUGGGAGGCUUUGCCUUUGCCUGACUGGAUCUUCCACCAUGUGGAUUACAGCAGUCUCCUCAUCUCUCUUGAGAUGAAUCUGAAGCAGGAGAUCUGCCAGUGCUUCCUCCUGCUGGGACCUGGUUUAUUUAAUUGCCUUGACAAAGUCGGUACAAGUUCUUAGUUUGGCAUUGAAAGGAUUUUUGGGUUUCCUGUGUUCCCUCUGUGCUGGGCAAAUCGAACACAUUGGAGCUUUUUCACUUAAAUAUAGUUGAAAAAUAACAUGUUGUUAAAUAAAAUGCAAUGAAAGCACAA